CCAGAGGUGUGAUGGCUCUGCUGAGACCUCUUUUGCUGGACGUGGUCCCGACGAUCCAGCAGACUGCUGCCUUGGCGCUUGGGAGACUUGCCAACUACAACGAUGACCUGGCAGAGGCAGUUGUGAAGGGAGACAUUCUUCCCCAGCUCGUGUGCUCCUUGUCUGAGCAGAAUCGUUUCUACAAGAAAGCAGCAGCAUUUGUGCUAAGAGCAGUGGGUAAACAUUCCCCACAGCUAGCCCUGGCGAUAGUUCAGUGUGGAGCACUGGAAACCCUGGUGAUUUGUUUGGAAGAUUUUGACCCUGGCGUGAAAGAAGCUGCAGCUUGGGCCCUUGGUUAUAUUGCCCGCCACAAUUCAGAACUGUCACAAGCUGUGGUGGAUGCGGGAGCUGUUCCUCUUUUAGUGCUCUGUAUCCAGGAGCCAGAAAUUGCUUUGAAAAGGAUUGCUGCUUCAACCCUCAGUGAUAUUUCAAAGCAUUCUCCAGAGUUAGCCCAGACAGUAGUGGAUGCAGGAGCUAUCGCUCACUUAGCUCAGAUGAUCCUGAACCCUGAUGCUAAACUGAAGCGUCAGGUGCUGUCAGCUCUAAGCCAAAUAGCAAAGCACUCGGUGGAUCUCGCGGAGCUGGUGGUGGAAGCAGAAAUUUUCCCAGUUGUGCUCACAUGCCUGAAGGACUCCGAUGAAUAUGUCAGGAAAAAUGGUGCAACUUUAAUUAGAGAGAUAGCAAAGCACACGCCUGAGCUUUCACAGCUUAUAGUAAAUGCAGGUGGAGUUGCUGCUAUAAUUGAUUGUAUUGGCAGCUGCAGAGGGACUGUGAGGCUGCCUGGCAUCAUGAUGCUUGGCUAUGUUGCAGCUCAUUCGGAGAACCUGUCAAUGGCAGUGAUCAUCUCCAAGGGAAUACCACCCCUGUGUGCUUGCUUGGUAGAAGAACAUGAAGAUCAUAUUAAGGCAGCAGCUGCCUGGGCCUUGGGCCAGGUUGGAAGGCACACUCCUGAGCAUGCACGUGCCGUGGCAGUAGCAAACGUGUUACCCACCCUGCUUUCCAUGUACAUGGACACACGCAGUUCAGAAGAUCUUCAAGUGAAAACUAAAAAAGCCUUAAAGAACAUCCUGCAGAAAUGCACGUAUCUUCCAGCACUUGAACCUUUGCUGCAUGAUGCCCCUCCUAACAUCCUGAAGCACAUUGUCGGGCAGUUCAGCAAGGUGCUGCCCCACGACAGCAAAGCGCGGCGCCUCUUUGUAACGACCGGUGGCCUUAAAAAGGUGCAAGAGAUUAAAGCGGAGCCGGGCUCGCUUCUUCAGGAGUACAUCAACGCCAUUAACAAUUGCUAUCCGGAGGAGAUAGUGAGGUAUUAUUCUCCUGGAUAUUCUGAGAUUCUUCUGGAAAGGGUGGAAAAUUAUCAACCAGUUUUAUAAACUUUGAUUUUUUUUAUUAGAGCUGUAUUUCACAUUAAUGCUUUUAUGACUGCAAUUCAAAUACAACUGUUAAAACUCUUCCUAGAUUGUGAAAUCUCAUUCUACUGUUUGAUCCAUUGAAAGACCUCAGCACUCCAGAAAGAYAUAUUUUGUUCUUUAUGAAGUUAUCCUCAUUUCUUAUUCCUUUUUGUUUUCUUCUAACAUCGCUACCAGUUAAUGCAGCAUGUUUUUGGAAUUUCAGACGGGGUGAUGAUUUAUCACAGAAUCUUUGUAGAAUCAGUCAUUUCCUUUUCCUUGCACAAGAAAUGUUUGUGAUUAUAACAUUCAAAUUUUAGCCUUCUCAGGACUUUAUCCAUUUUCCCCCUUUGCCUUUGUAUAUUGUUUAGAGCUUCCCCACCUUGGUGAGGGGAAAAAGUGCAUUUUUUAACUGUGGAAUUCAUCUGUCCU